AUGCGUAUCUCGACUGCCGUGUUGCGCCGUUCAGAGUUCGCCGAGCAGCGGUGGGCGAACGGGCUCGGUGUCACGCGCGAGAUCGCCGUCGACCGCACGCCCGAUGCCGCCCACCAUGCACAAAAUGCCGCGCCCUUCCGUUGGAGACUUUCGAUGGCGGAUCUCGCCGCGCCAGGCGGUCCCUUCUCCAUGCUGCACGGCAUCGACAGGAGCCUGACGCUACUCGAAGGUACUGGCGUUACCCUGGCCGUCGAUGGAGCGGCGCCGGUCGCGCUAGAGAUAAACUCGCCCUUUGCUUUCCCUGGCGAUGUGAAGACCGACUGCAACGUGGGCUCUGCAACGGGGCGAGACUUGAACGCAAUGUGGGACCGGAGCCGCUGUACGGCGUCGGUUAACGUCGUCACCGCCCCCACAGCGGUCGAUUUCCCCGUCGAGUCGGCAGUGGCGUUCGCCGUGGCCCUUGCCGAUGAGGCCUCUUUAGCAAUCUCUGGCAACGACAGUGGAGCCGACUGCAUACCAACGCUGCUUGCGAAGGAGGACGCAAUGCGAAUGGACGUCGACUCCGUGGGAAAGGACGCGGCUGGAAGCGCGACGCGUUCGCUACAGGUCCUCUCCGGCACGGUCUACGUGGCAUUUUUCUGUGCGGAGUGA